CGGGAUCGGGAGCGGCCGUCUGCAAGGGGAGCCGGCGAUGCACGGCCCGGAGCCUGGCAGAGAAGCCCUGGUCCUCGGCUGCAGGGAGAUUCCCCCGUCCGGCGCCGCGCCUGCAGGGCCCCGUGCCAUCAAUCGCCCGGUGGGAAAAUCCAGAGCGAGAGCUACCCUAAGGUGGAUGAAAAGAACUUCAAAAUGACUCUUCAGCCACGUAAACUUCCUGAAUGGAUGUCUUCCCAGGAUAAGAAGAUCAUUCUGGAAGAUGACCUUCCCUUCUUAGAAUUCACGGGAUCCAUUGUUUAUAGCUACGAAGCUGGUGAUUGUUCUUUCUUGUCAGAAGAUAUUCGGACAAGUCUAAAUGAUGGAUCUGUGAUAGGAUUUGAUAUUGAAUGGCCACCCACAUAUUCCAAAGGAAAACUUGGAAGAGUUGCACUAAUUCAGCUGUGUGUUUCAGACCAGAAAUGUUACUUGUUUCAUAUUUCUUCUAUGUCAGGUUUUCCGAAGGGACUGAAAAUGCUGCUGGAAAAUGAAGCAAUUAGAAAGGCUGGUGUAGGAAUUGAAGGAGAUCAGUGGAAACUCUUAAGUGACUUUGAAAUCAAAUUGAAAAGCUUUGUGGAACUUGCAGAUGUUGCCAAUGAAAAGCUUAAAUGUAAAGAGAAAUGGAGCCUCAACAGUCUGGUGAAACACCUCUUUAACAAGCAACUUUUGAAGGACAAGGCCAUCCGCUGUAGUAGCUGGGAUGAAUUUCCACUCACGGAGGACCAGAAGUUAUAUGCUGCUACUGAUGCUUACGCUGGCUUCAUAAUUUACCAAAAAUUGGCAACCUUGGGCUGUGCUGAGCAAAUACUGUUCAAUGUAAAAAGAGGUGUCAUUGACCCUGAUGUUCCAGAGGAGAUGUUACCCAGAGACUUGAAGGAGCAAUUGACAUCAAUGUCUGAAGAGAUAAUUGAUCUGGCUAAUCACCUUCCUGUCACUUUUCAAAAACCAGAAUGUCCACAGAGAAUUUCAAAGCUAAUGAAGGACAUUUCUGAAAACAUAGGGAUAUUAAGAAGCCUUUUGGUUGAUGUACCUACCUCUGAAACAAGAACCAACAAUGAUUUAAGCAUGUCGUCACUGGAAAAUUCAACUACAAGAGUCGAGGGGCAGAAAAUAUGUGAAGAAUUGAAAUUUUGCAAAUUCACAGAGGAGUCAAAGGACGCAGCGGGUGAUGAAUUAAUUGGGCAUAAAGGAGAAGAUUUGAAUGAGGGUGCACUGACAUGUAAUGAAAUUGGACCAAAAAGUGGACUUGGAAUCAAUCGAUGCAUAGACAAUAUGGACAGAAUUUGUCUAAUGUCAUUAGAUAUUACGGAAUAUGAACUUGACAUGUUGGAACAUCAAGCUAAGGAAGAAAUUCUAAAUGAAGCUGCUUCUGUGGCUGCUGAGGACCUAGCUUCUUUGGAUGAUGAGCAAGAUCUUUCCUGUGCCAUUAAAAGUGAUGAGGAAUUUGAAACCGAGAUGCUUCAGGCGCUAGAAGAAAUAGACAGUGGCAAGAGGAAGCAGAUUGAUUCUGAGUCUUUGGAAACAAAAAGCAAGCUGAAUAUUUCCACUGAGGAAGAUGAUGAAGAUUCAUUCAGUGUAGCUAUCGAAGAGGAAGAUCAGUGGGACCCGUUGCUACCAGAACCCAGUGCAAAACACAUCAGUUGCCUAAAGACAUACUUUGGACAUUCUCGUUUUAAACCGGUUCAGUGGAAAGUGAUCCAUUCCGUUUUACAAGAAAGGAGAGAUAAUCUUGUUGUUAUGGCAACUGGAUAUGGAAAGAGUUUAUGCUUCCAGUUUCCACCAGUUUAUGUAGGCGGCCUUGGCAUAGUCAUCUCUCCUCUCAUUUCUCUGAUGGAAGAUCAAGUUCUACAGCUGGAGAUGUCCAACAUUCCAGCUUGCUUUCUUGGAUCAGCACAGAAAAAAAAUGACCUAGAGGGAAUCAAAGCGGGCAAUUACAGAGUUGUAUUCCUAACUCCAGAAUUCUGUUCAAUGAACUUGCAUCUGCUUCAGGAAAUUGACAGUAUUGUUGGCAUUACACUGAUAGCUGUGGAUGAGGCCCAUUGUGUUUCAGAAUGGGGUCAUGAUUUCAGAAAUUCAUUUAGGACUCUGGGCUCAUUAAAGACAACACUCCCUUUGGUUCCUGUUAUUGCUUUGACUGCCACUGCAAGCUCUUCAAUCAGAGACGACAUUAUGCAUUGCCUGAAGUUGAAGAAUCCUCAAGUUACCUGUACUGGUUUUGAUCGACCUAACCUAUACUUAGAAGUUGGACGGAAAACAGGAAAUGUUCUUCAGGAUCUAAAACAGUUUCUUGUUAAAAAGACAGGGUCAGUCUUAGAAUUUGAAGGUCCUACCAUUAUCUACUGUCCUUCCAGAAAGAUAACAGAACAAGUAGCUGUUGAACUGAAGAAACUGAAUAUAGUCUGUGGUACAUAUCAUGCAGGCAUGGGGAUUAAUUUACGAAGAGAAACCCAUCAUAAAUUCAUGAGAGAUGAAAUUCAGUGUAUUGUGGCCACUGUUGCCUUUGGAAUGGGCAUUAACAAAGCUGAUAUCCGCAAGGUCAUCCAUUAUGGUGCACCUAAAGAAAUGGAAUCCUACUACCAAGAGAUUGGCCGGGCUGGCCGGGACGGACUUCCUAGUUCUUGCCAUACGCUGUGGGCUCCGGGAGACAUGAGCUUAAACAGGCAUCUUCUAAAUGAGAUAAAGAAUGAUACAUUUCGCCUGUACAAAUUGAAGAUGAUGGCAAAGAUUGAGAAAUAUCUUCACUCAAGUAUGUGUAGGCGCAAAAUCAUCUUGUCUCACUUCGAAGACAAACAACUCCGAAAGGCCUCCUCAGGUAUCAUGGGAACUGAAAAAUGCUGUGAUAACUGCAGGUCCAGAUCAAGUUAUUACACUACUGAUGUCCCAGAAGAUACUUUACAAGACUUUGGGCCACAGGCGUUUCAGUUUAUAUCUGCAGUGAAAGUCUUAGGAGAAAAGUUUGGAAUUGGACUUCCAGUUCUGUUUCUUCGAGGUUCUAAUUCUCAACGUCUUCCAGAUAAGUUUCGGUGCCACCAUCUCUUUGGAAUUGGCAAGGGUCAGCCAAGUAAUUGGUGGAAGGCUUUGGGACGACAGCUCAUUCUUGAGGGAUUAUUGAAAGAAGUGUCUGGACAAAAUAAAUUUACAGCCAUUUGUGUUCUGACAAAUAAGGGUAAAAAUUGGUUUGCUGAAGCUCAGAGCAUAUCAUCUCAGAAACUUAUGCUUCAGGCUAAUGAAGAAUUAUGCCCAAGGAAGCUUCUUCUCCCGAGCAGUGCCACAACAACCUCUUCAGACAAAGAACAGCAUUUUCCCAGCAAGGGAUUAACUAAAUUAACGCCAGAGAAGAAGGCAAAUUUGCAGAAGAUGUAUUCUUAUCAAGUUGCCGAAAAGAUUUCUUCCAGAAAUAAAAGUGACAUGAUGCAACUUCUUCCUGAGCCAUAUAAAUCUGCCAAAACUGCCAUUUCCUCCAGUGAACCGGAUUAUCAGAUGAUGCUGUAUGGCAAAUUGUUGGCUGCUAGACAAAAAUAUGCCAAUGAAAAGGAUAUCCCCCCAGCAAUAUUGGCAACCAAUAAAGUCCUGGUGGACAUGGCCAAAAUGAGACCUACUUCUGUUCAAAACUUGAUCACGAUUGAUGGUGUGUCUGAAGCCAAGUCCACGAUGCUAGCCCCACUUUUGGAUGUCAUCAAAAUAUUUUGUCAAACAAAUAAUCUUCAGACAGACUUAUUUUCCAGCUCAAGACCGAAAGAAGAAACACAACUUUUACAGAAGAAAGAAGUAUACAGCUCCCUUUCUCCAUCAGAGGCCAUCACUUACUCUUGGUUCCAAGACAAAAACAUGUCUAUGAGAAGUAUAGCGGAGAGCAGAACUCUGCCCCUCACAGUGGUUGGCACUCACUUAUCCCAAGCGGUGAAAGUGGGCUACCCUGUUGACACAGAACGAGCAGGCUUGACUCCUGAGGUUCAGAAGAUCAUUACGGAUGUUAUCCGAAACCCUCCCAUCAACUCAGAUUUCACUCGACUGCUAACCAUCAGGACACUGGUUCCAGAAAAGAUUGAAUUGUACCUCAUCAGGAUGACAAUUGAGCUCUUGAAGAAGGCUGAUGACAGAAGGUUGCAGGGCCCACAGCAAUGUGAUUACACCAAACAGAGCGCAUUGUGCAAAUCUAAGGAGAAGCAGUCAGCAACGGCCUAUAAAAAGGAAGAUGUAUCAUGGAUGGAAACCAAGGUUAAUUGUAACCAGCCUUCAGGUUCCCAGCGACAAGGUGAGAACUCCCAGGAUGCCCUCAGUCUCGCCUCCUGGAAUGAAUCGCUUCAAGACUCUGAGGAAGAAGAGUUGUUUUCAGACAAUCAAUUAAAGGUUUCAAGGAGAAGGAAAUUACCAGAAUGGUUUACACCUACAAAGGGUAAUGUCUCUUCCAGCAGUACCAGUAAGAGACCCAAAACACAUGGGGGUCUCUUUGGUUGAGUUGGCCAUUGUCAAAAGAGUUACAACUUGUGUUUGUUUUCAAAGGAGACUGAUAAAACAUCUCUGAAAUAACUGGAGAGUACUGUAUAUUAGAAACUUUGGAAGCCAAAGAUAAAAUGUAUCUGUUUCAUUUAUUUGCGGGGGGGGGGGGUUCCCCUGUUUGUUUAUGUAAAAUAGUGUAAUAUCUAAUAAGGAAUGUAUGGAACUAUUUUACACUACUUUUGAAUUUAUGUAAAAUUAUACUGGGUGUUUCACAAUGGAGAAAAAAAUAAUUUAACAGUGGCUCCAAUCUUCAGAAUGACAUUAGGCACUUUGUGAUAUUAUUUUACUGAAGCAAUAAAUCCAACACUUGGUAUUGGG